AUGACAGAGAGAGAGACGAUUUCGAAGAAAAUUUUGGAAAAUAUAGAGCACAAGAAAAUUUUGCGCCAGAAAAUUUGGUUCCAAUUUAAUGGAAUUCUUCAUGAAUCAAAUGUCGGUGUAAUUUUCCAUGGUGGCUUGAGCAUUGCGGCAAAAAUCAUAGAAGAGAACUUGGUCGGGAAAAAUGUCACCGUCAUCGGAGGAUUCACGACUCUUUCGUAUCAAAUUCAGGUUGCUUGUUUCUUGGCAAAGAUACGAUUUAUUGCUUUGGACUCUGAAGAGCAAGAACGAUUUGAUUUUAUUGACCUCAUCGAGUCUGAGGCUGUUUUUCUCGACGAAACAUCUAUCCGCUCCGACUUUUCAUUAACCCUAAAAAAUAUGAUUCCAGUUUAUCGAUUCGGCGAAAAGUACCCUCAUCUCCGCAUGAACAUCACUAAUUCCAGCGAGUCGAAAAAGAUCACUUUUCAUGGAAGCUUUUCGACCUCAGAUUUUGAAAAGGUCAAAGAAGUUGUUGACUCAACUUCAAGUUCUGAUGUUGCCUGUUUUUCCACGACAUCUGGAAGCACUGGGAGGCCGAAGAUUAUUCAGUACGCGAAUAGAAUGACUUUCAACCCAGUUUUUGAGAAUGACCCAAAAGGAGUUUCAGGAGCUGUGGGUCUUGUGAAACGAUUUGGACGAGACUUUAGAUAUUUUCUUGGCGAAGUAGCGGGAGCACUUUUCAUCAAUUUUGUCACUCACAUGACACACGGACUCAUCUGCCAAUUUUUACGAAAUGAGGGUCGAAACAUCCUUCUUGCAGACAACAACGACAUCACUAAUUCAUUGGCGGCGAUGAAAAAACUGAACUGUAUAACAGCUGUUAUGUAUCUUCCAAAAUGCUUGGAGAUUAUGGAAUCGGAAGCUUUCCGGAAAAUUAAGCCCGAUUCACUUCUUAUUUUGCUGAUAACCGGGACCAAGGUGCACCCUGAACACUGCCAGAGAAUAAAAUCAAAAUUCGAACAAGUUCUCCAUCGAUCUCCAGUGAUUCUCAAAGGCUACGGAUCAACAGAAUGUUCUGGCUUCUUCGUCCGACACGGAAUUCUUACCAGUGAAGAAGUUCAAUUCAAAACUGAUGGAAAAUUUACAAUAUCAAAGGAGUACGAGCUCAGGAUCGUCGAUGAAAACAACAACGAUGUUCGACAAGGAAAAAUCGGAGAAAUCAUUGUCAAAACACCCGAUCUCAUGCUCGGUUAUAAGAACCAUCCGAAACAAGAAGGAUGGUAUCGAAUGGGAGAUGAAGGCUUUCUGGACGAGUUUGGAAAUUUGAACAUUGUUGGAAGAGUCAAAGAGCAAAUCAUUCUUAAAAGCACGAAGAAAUCGAAUUGCUCUCUUCUUGAGGAAAAGAUUCUUCUUUCUGGCUGUCCGAUUAAAGAAGCGGUUGUUUUAAAUCGAAGAAACUCAGAUGGUUAUGAUGAUAUCAUUGCGAUUCUUGUCUGCGAAAAUUUCCAAGCAGCCGAUAUCAUUUCAAAAAUCACGAGUCUUCUAGCAGCAGAAAUAAAGGACACUCCAAAGGUUUUCUGCCAAGAAAAGAGCUUCCCCAAACUGGCGAGUGGCAAAUACGACAGAAGAGCUUUAUUCAAUAAGUAUUUCUUGUGA